AUGACUAGUGCGGGACAAGCGGCGGCUGCUGCUUUGAAGAUGCACUCUACCCCAGUUAAACAACAACAACAGCAACAGCAACAACAACGACCUAACAGUCAAAGAUAUUAUACAGCUAGAUCAAACUCAAUGACCACUGGUAGAUCCAAUUCAUUGAGACUGUACACUUAUAAUCCCAAACCGUCAUACAAUGUGGGUAAUGGUAGUGGUAGAAGCUACAGUUUGUCAUCGCGACACAGCUAUAAUGGUCGUCCAGGGGUUACAUCACCAUUACAACAUGAGUAUAUACACGAAGAGGGUGGUGAUUUGGAAGAAGAAGAGGAAGUUGUUACAACCAAAACCACCAGGGUGGUUGACUCCAGUGGAAGAACCACCUCAAUUACUACUAAAACAAUUAGAACAUUGCCAGAUGGAUCCAACAUUAUUGAAACAACCACUAAGAAUAUCUCCCGUCCUACUUCUAGAUUGAAUAGUAUGUCGUCUUCUGGUAAUGCUAAUCGUGGUCCGGUUGCAGCAGAUGUCAAUUUGGGAAUGAUUGAGGAAUUUGAAAACUUUGAUUAUUCCAGAUCAGAACUUGAUGCUGAAUUAGAUGGUGCUGAGAAGUUGAAAUUAAACACAGGGGAUUUGCUGACAUCUCCAAAACAACAAUUAGGAGCUGCAUUCUCGCCAGCACAAAACUAUGAAAGAACAACGUCAUUGAAUAGUGUCGGCAAGCCAAGAUCUAUAUUGAAGAACUCUGCUGGUUCAAUAAGACUGUCACAUGUGGAGCCAUUUGUUGCCAAUGGAACCCACCAUGAAUCACCACCAUCAUCUAUCAGAUUCAAUCCAACUGUGCAAACAAGGCAGUACAGCCCAAAGGAGUCACGGGUGAAGGUUAAGAAGGAAAAAUUAACCGAUGAAGAACUUUAUGCUGCUGCAUAUAAAGCUGCCAACAAGAAAGUUUUUGGUGAUGGCGCAGAAGUAGUUCAGCCCCCACCGCCAGUUGCUCAGCCAUCUUCACCGGAAUCAGCAAAGAAAUCCAAAUACAAGUUCAUUCCACUUUCUCCACGAGAACCACCACAGCCAACAGUUGUAUCUCCUAAAGUUGAACAGAAACCAGUUGUUGUUCCAGAAGCUCCUAGGUCUCCUAAUUAUAUCUUGACCAUGAGAGAUCAACCGCAGCGUGCAUCGAGCCGAAGAGAACGUUUGAAGGAAGAGAAACGGUUGGCAAAAGCUAGAGCUAAAGAAGAAGAGGAAGAGGAAAAGCGUCGAUUGAAGGAAGAGGCUGAGGAGGACAAGAGAAGGGCUAAAGAGGAAGCUGAGGAAGACAAGAGAAGAGCUAAAGAGGAAGCUGAUGAGGACAAGAGAAGAGCUAAAGACGAAAAGAGGAAACAAAAGGAGGAUGCUAAAUUGGCUAAAGAACAAGAAAAAGGAAACAAGAAACGCAAGUUUUUGGAUAAGUUCAUCGCUAGAAGAAGAAGUUCUGCAAGCUCACAUUCUGUUAUAACGGGUGAAGCACCUGUUGCAAAUGGUGUCGCAGAGGCUCCUGUUGUUGCUGCUGCUACUUCUACUGCUCCUGCUACUGUUGUUGCUGCUACUGCUACUGCUACUGCUCCUGUUGCUGCUGCUGCUGCUGCUGCUACUGUUCCUACUGCUCCUGUUGCUGCUGCUACAGCUCAAGUCCCAGCUCAAGUCCCAGCUCAAGUCCCAGCUCAAGUCCCAGCUCAAGUCCCAGCUCAAGUCCCAGCUCAAGUCCCAGCAACCAAUUCCAGUCUGAAUUAUGAUGCAGUCCCAGCUGCAACUAUUCCAGAUACUACUACAUCUAUUCAAGUUGCUAAUGGCAACACAGUUAAAGAUGCUGUCGUUGAACCUCCACUGAAACCUGAAGUGCAACCAGAAACUAUUCCUGAAACUAUUCCAGAGCCAAUCAUUGAACCGCCAACUGGUGAAGUUGAUCCAAUCGUUUCUCAAGAACCAGUAGAGGAAAUACCCAAACCAAACAUAAAUGAUGGUGAACACGAUCAUACAGAGGGGUCAAAAACCAUAAUAGGUCAUGGGAAAUUUUAUUAUCCGAAGGAUCCUGAAGGUGUUGUUCCUGAUCAUUCUAAAACACCGGUAGCUCAUCAAGUUGCUAAAGAGUCCGUACAGGAUACGACCGGACCCGUUGAAGCCGCUAAUCAACAUACAAGCAAUGGCAAUUCUGAUACAGCUGGAAUUCUGACUGAUUCGCAUAUUUAUUAUUCUGCAUCUGAUUUGAAUGUCAACAGACCAAAUGGUACUAGUUCCCCUCUGGAUGUGGUUAAAGUGUCCGUUCCUAAAUUGCAAUCAACUACUUCUUCCCAGACCAACCUUGAUAGUAUUGAACCAACCCAUCAUGUUCCAGUGCCUCAUUUACAGCUGCUCGAUGAUAAUACCGUAGAUGUGGAGUUGGAUAAUGUGGAGGACGACGAUGACGAAUCUGCCGUUGCGGUUGAUGUCAUUGAUGAUUACAGGUCUACCAGUGAUGAACCAAUUGUUGAAGCUCCUAUAGAAGCACAUACAGAACCGAUACGUCAGGAACUCCCACCACCAAACGUCCUGUCCACAUCAGUAGGAAACACCCCACAAAUCACUGCUGUUCCAGUGAUGAAACCCACAGUUGAUGCUCAAAUUCCGGAACCCGAAGUACCUCCAGCUGAAUCUACAGAACCGGUAGAAGAAUUGGUUGUAGAGAAAAAGGCAAAGGAAACAAAGAGGCAACGUUUUCUUAAAUUCUUUGUUUUGUAA